CAUUUUCCUAAGCGGGGAGGAGUACAUUUUUGUUAUUCUUCAAUCAAAAAGAGACUGAUUUUAGCUAGGCCUCAGUUUCCGGAUGAAUACUAAGGAAAAAUAGUACUUGGGUUGCGAGAACAGCGAGAGAGGGGCGAGGCUGGCAGGCUGGGAGGGGCGUUGAAUGGGCUCUCCCCUACGCUGAAAAUGGGAGGGGCCCGAGCGGUAACGUUCUCUUUCCUUUCCUUCUCGGCGCUGCGGCUGCAGCCAUGAGUAUGCUCAGGCUUCAGAAGAGGCUUGCCUCUAGUGUCCUUCGAUGUGGAAAAAAGAAAGUAUGGCUUGACCCCAAUGAAACCAAUGAAAUUGCCAACGCCAAUUCUCGUCAGCAGAUCAGGAAGCUCAUUAAAGAUGGGCUGAUCAUCCGGAAGCCUGUUACUGUGCAUUCUCGUGCCAGAUGUCGGAAAAAUACUCUUGCUCGACGGAAGGGCAGGCACAUGGGCAUUGGUAAGAGAAAGGGUACUGCCAAUGCUCGUAUGCCUGAGAAAGUGACCUGGAUGAGGCGAAUGAGGAUUCUGCGCCGUCUGCUCCGGAGAUACCGUGAAUCCAAAAAGAUUGACCGCCAUAUGUACCACAGCUUGUACUUGAAGGUAAAGGGAAAUGUGUUCAAGAAUAAGCGGAUCCUCAUGGAGCACAUUCAUAAACUGAAGGCAGACAAGGCCCGCAAGAAGCUUUUGGCUGACCAGGCUGAAGCUCGCCGAUCCAAGACUAAGGAAGCACGAAAGCGUCGGGAAGAGCGUCUACAGGCUAAGAAAGAGGAGAUCAUCAAGACUUUGUCCAAGGAGGAGGAGACUAAGAAAUGAUUCUCCCCUAUCUCCUCUGUACAUAGUACCCUUAUAUUUGGCUCAUGCAAUAAAAUUUAACACACUGUCA